GCUGGGCGGAGCGUCAGCGUAGGGCUGGCCUGAGCACCCAGUUGGAAAAGCCGCUGUUAGCCCUUGGCGGACGUGAGUAGAAAGAAGAUGGCGGUGCAGGUGGUGCAAGCUGUGCAGGCGGUUCAUCUUGAGUCUGACGCUUUCCUAGUUUGUCUCAACCAUGCUCUGAGCACAGAAAAGGAGGAGGUGAUGGGUCUAUGUAUAGGGGAGUUGAAUGAUGACAUAAGGAGUGACUCCAAAUUUACAUACACUGGAACUGAAAUGCGCACAGCCCCAGAAAAGAUGGAUACCAUCAGAAUUGUUCACAUCCAUUCUGUCAUCAUCUUGCGGCGUUCUGACAAGAGAAAGGACCGUGUAGAAAUUUCUCCAGAGCAGCUGUCUGCAGCCUCAACAGAGGCAGAAAGGUUGGCUGAACUAACAGGUCGUCCCAUGAGAGUUGUUGGCUGGUAUCAUUCCCACCCUCAUAUAACUGUUUGGCCUUCACAUGUUGAUGUUCGUACACAAGCCAUGUACCAAAUGAUGGAUCAAGGCUUUGUAGGACUUAUUUUUUCCUGUUUCAUAGAAGACAAAAACACAAAGACUGGUCGGGUACUCUACACUUGCUUCCAAUCCAUACAAGCCCAAAAAAGCUCAGAGUAUGAGAGAAUUGAAAUCCCAAUCCAUAUUGUACCUCAUAUCACUAUUGGGAAAGUAUGCCUUGAAUCUGCAGUAGAGCUGCCAAAGAUCCUGUGCCAGGAAGAACAGGAUGCAUAUAGAAGGAUUCACAGCCUUACACAUCUGGACUCAGUGACCAAGAUCCAUAAUGGCUCAGUAUUUACCAAGAAUUUGUGCAGUCAGAUGUCAGCAGUCAGUGGGCCUCUACUGCAGUGGUUGGAAGACAGAUUGGAGCAAAACCAGCAGCAGUUGCAGGAGUUGCAACAAGAAAAGGAAGAGCUUAUGGAAGAGCUUUCUUCCCUAGAAUAAAGCAGGAAAACAACAAAAAAAUGUGGGCAGAUGAAAAUACCUGGCAUACAAUUUAUUAGACGGAAUCAAUUUUGAAAAUGAUGAAGUUUGAGGGUUUACAUUAUAUGGCCUACAUUAUAUAACUUCAAGACUUAUUAUAAAGCUACAGUAAUGAAGAUACUAUAUUUGCAGAAGGAUCAAUGCAACAGGAAAGAAAAUUCAGAAAUAAAUCCACAAUAAUAUGCUUAACUAGUUUUGAAAAACUAGUGAUGUGAUUCAAGGAAGAAAAGACAGUUUUUCAACAAAUUGAACCUCCAAAUGUAUCAUGGAUUUAAAUGUACUAUGGAAAACUUAGAAAAUAAUUAUUCAAGAAAAAUUCUCAGGAGUUAAGUACUUAAUAUUCAGCUCAAAAGCACAAUUUUACAAGAAAACAAAGUAGAUAUAUUGGACUUCAUCAAAAUUAAAACUUACUAUUCUGCAAAAAUAUUGAGAGGAAACCAUGUAAUAUCUGGUCAGUGAAAAGAUAUGCUUAAAACUCAAAAAUAAACAAUACCAGUAGAAAAUGAAAAAAGACAUAAACAUUGUUACUACAGAGGAUAUAUGGAUGGCAAUUAAUUAUGUGAAUAUAUAUUAAAUUUCAUACGUCAUUGAGGAAUGCAACUUAAAACUACAGCAUGGUGUGGCAUAUACUUAUCAUGACUGCUAUAGAAAAACUAGUGAAAAUACCAACUGCUGUUGAGGAUGCAAACUAGAUUUCUCAUAUACCAAUGAUAGGAAUAUAAAAAUACAGCUACUGGGUAGAAGAGUUUGGAAAUUUUUUUAAAGUUAAACAUACAUUUAACAUGACCCAGCAGUCAUACUGUCUUGGCACAAAAACUUUUACAAAAUUUUUCUUGGCAGCUUUAUCUGUGAUACCUGCAAAUUAGAAACAACCCAAAUAUUCUGCCGUUAUUAAAUAGCUUAAUAAACCAUUCCAACUUUGGACUACUACUAUAUAGUGGAAAGGAUCAUACUGCCAAUAUGAUGAGCCUUGGGAAAUUAUAGUAAAUGAAAACACACAAGUCUUAAAAGAUCAUUUACUGUAUGGUUGCAUUUCUAGAGCAUUAUUUAAAUGUCAGAAUUAAUGACAAGACCAGAUUAAUGAUUUCCAGAGUCAGGGAAUAGACAUUGUAUAGCAUAUGUAUUCUUACUACAGUGUGACAUAAAAGUUAAUUUAGGCUGAUGAAACAGUUUUGUACCUUAAAUUUAGUGUUUAAUAUUAAGUCUGUUCCUAUGCUAACAUUUUAUAGAUUUAUAUACAUACAAAUCAAUACUUGUAAAAAUCUAGAAGUGAGUAGGAAGUAAGAUUCCACUUUAUGAAAUAGGGUGACAGAUGAGCCAUAUGUAGUGCCACACGACUACAAUCCCAGUGCUCAGGAGGCUGAGGCAGGAAAAUUUCAAGUUUAGAGCCAUUCUGAGCUAUACAUUUCCCAGCCGGUUGGGCUACAGUGUGAGACCUUAUUCAGAAAAAAAGAGUGGGGAGGGUAGGUGAUGAGAAAACCUGGGGAUGGAGAUAAAAUGAUUUGAAUAUUGCUAUAGGCCAACUAUGAACACAAGUCUGUGCUUCACUUUCAUGAGUAAAAUGAGAUUAUAGUAGAUGGCAUCAAGUAUACUUUUAGGUCUGUGUUCAUACUUUAAAAAUAUUGAACAUCAGAAAGAACAGUGGUAUGAAUGAAAUGGAUAAGAAGAAAAACUAGGGAUGGAGAUUUUCCUAGUUAUACCUAUUUGGCUUACCUUUACAUAAAAAAAUGUAUUGCAACAUACAACCUUGUAUCCUUUCUGAUUUUUCUUUUUCAAUCACAGUCAAAUUGUUGGGAACAGAAAAUACUUGUUUAUAUGGGUAUGUUGUCCAUCUGGUUUUUUAAAGCUUUUUUGAGAUAGGGCCUCACACAACAGCCCAGGCUGGCCCUAAUCUAGCAGUUCUCUCUUGCCUCUACCUCCUAAGUGGUAAUAUUACAGGCAUGCAACACCAUGCCUGGCUGGUUCCUUAUUUUCUAUAGAUGGAACCUGCAUCUGACCUUGUCUACACUAUUUUUUUGUAACCAUUUUGUAACCAUAGUCAAUGAUAAUGACCACUAGUCAAACUCAUUUGUUUUUGAAAACUGUCAUUAGUAAACCUCUAGCUUUUUACUAUUUUUAUUAAUAAAUAAUAAAUACUGGCUUGACACUUUUACCAUUCUACCACUUUUAUUUAUUUAUUUAUUUAUUUUUCAGUCUACCACUUUUGGUCUUUGUUAUCAUAUAUAUUUUAUUAUUUCCUAUUCCCAGGCUGUCCCUUCCAAAAAUUCAUAAGCCUCUCUAUACAGUUACAAACAAAUCCAUUUCUCUAUAUACCUCUGUCUGAACUCCAGACUUAGGUUUUGAGCUACCUAUUAUAUAUUUCUACUAGGUAGUCUUAUUGCCACAUUGAAUUUGAUAGAUCUACAUCUGAUCAUGGUUUUGGCCUAAUCUAUAUUGUCUUAUAUUUCUUACCUCAGUGAAGGAAGCAUCCAUAUGCAAAAGCUGGAAUCUAGGCAGGCAACCUCAACAUCUCUAUUACCUUUUACACUAUUUGCAUUGAGUUACAGCAGUUUGAAUUUUUUGUAAUCAAUUGCAAUAUGUAGAAUAGUAUGUGUGAGGAAGGCAGGUGGGGUAUCAAGGUUCCCACUGGUUAGGAUUACUUCAUUAAGACAUAAGAGUUCUUAGCCUUGCAGCAGCAGAGCAGAAACAAAAUCUAGUGAAAGUUGCCCUGUGUCAGUACUCUCAGAAUCAGAAUGAAGAGGAGAAAAUGAUCUCUUACACUACAUAAAGUGAUUGAGCAAAUAAGUAUGUUUGGAGGAAAAUUGAAGCUAGUUUUUUCAUAAUUGAAGCAUUAUUUUCAGAUACAUAAAAAGGAAGUAUAAAAUUAUUCCUCGUGAUCCUAAAUAGAAAAAGAAAGAUGGUAGGAUCAUUUAAAAGAAAAUUACAUGUAUGUGUAUAUUGAGAAAAUGAUCAGUAUGUUUAUAUACCUCCACUUCUUACCUCUGCCCAUUAAGAGAGAAUAGAAAUAGAAAUAGUUCAGUAGCUAAUGAACACAUCUGGCACCAAGAUGCUGGGCUUCAAAUAGUAUUCUCCACUACUCCACUAACAGUGAAUAGAAUUGAGUCCAGAAAUAAAUGCAUUAUAUAUAUAUCAGUUUUGUUAAAAAUAAGUUCAUAAUGAACUGAUUUUUAACAAAAAUGCCAAGACUAUUUGAAUGGGGAAAAUAGUUUUUUCAACAGCUGAUGAUUUCACAAUUAAAUGUCUACCCAAUAAUGUAACUGGACCCCUGCCCCAUAUCAUGUAUGAAUGUUAACUAAAAAUGUAUCAAAUAUUUAAAUGUAAGAACUUGUAACUAUUAAAAUAUUAAAACAGCAGUAAAUCUUUA